CCUAGCAAGUCAGAGUCAGAGAUCAUCAUGGAUGACAAACCUCAUAGAGUAAAAGUCUAUAUAAUGUCCGAAGAUGAGCAGUGGAAACGCAUAGGUGCAGGACAAAUUUCAUCCAAAUACAUUGAAAAGUUCCAGGGCAUGUGCCUGCUUGUUCACUCAGAAUCAGAUGGCUCACCGAUUAUGGAGUACAAAAUAAAUCCUAAUGUGCCCUAUUACAAACGAGAUGAGGUAAUCAUUUGGUCUGAAGCUGAGAACUGUGGUAUGGCAAUAUACUUCCAGGAACCAAAUGGUUGUCAAGAGAUUUGGGAAGAUAUCUGCAAAGUUCAAGGUAUAGAUCCAAGUAUAGAAACUACACAAGAACUUGGUGAUGGUCUGGAAACUUUUGAAGAUCUGCUGCCAAUCUGGGAUCUGGUUGAGAUGCCAAACUGUGAACUCCAUACACUUGAAAAUAUUGCAGGUUUAUUUACUUAUGUCAAUGAAUCACCAAGCCACAAGGAAAGGCUGGCACUCGUCUUGGAAAAAGGAGUUUAUAUUAAAAAAUUGCUACAGCUUUUUCAUACCUGUGAAAACCUGAAGAACAUGGAAGGCUUACACUAUUUGAAUGCCAUCAUUAAAGGAAUCCUGUUUCUAGAUGAUACACGUUUGUUUAACAUCAUAUUUUCUGAUGAAUUUUUCAUGGAUAUGGUAGGAUGCCUCGAAUAUGACUCUACUUUGGAUCAGCCAAAGCAGUACAGGGAGUUUCUGACUCAAAAUGCAAAAUUCAAAGAAAUUAUGCCAAUAACACACUCCCAACUUAGGCAAACAAUACAACGGACCUACAGAAUGCAAUAUAUUCAUGAUAUUAUGUUGCCCACACCAUCCAUAUUUGAACCAAAUCUUCUUUCUGAUCUUACCACUAUGAUUAUUUUCAACAAAAUUGAAAUAAUUACCAUGCUACAGGAUGAUAAAAAAUUUUUGCUCAAAGUUCUUUCCCAGUUAAAAGAUAACACUGUGGGUGAUGAGAGAAGGCAUGAAUUGCUAUUAUUCUUCAAGGAAUUCUGUGCAUUUGCUAAGAUAUUAGAGAAUCAAGAGAAAGAUGAAUUACUGAAAACAUUAAUAAACCUAGGAAUCAUGAGUGCCUUGAAAGUUGCAGUGCACAUGCAUGGUUACCAAAUACAAGCAGCUGCUCUAGAUAUAUUUCCUUAUCUAGUAGAAUAUAAUCCAUGCCUAGUCAGAGAGUAUCUACUGGAAGAAGCUCAGGAUAGUGAAGAUAAUGAUGACCUUCUCAUUAAUAUAAUGAUCAAGCACAUGAUCUGUGAUUCUAACCCUGAAUUUUCACAAGGCGUCACUUUGCCAGCAGUUCUUCGUAUACUUCUUGAUCCAGAAAAUAUGCAUGUCACUGCUAAUGGAUGUGAAAAAGAGGAAUUUCUCAAUUUCUUCUAUACACGUUGCAUGAGUAACCUCAUAGCACCAAUUUUGUCUACCACAAUAGAGACUGACAAUGCCAAUAAUAGGGUUAAUAUCUGCCCUGAUAAUUAUCAAAAUGCACAAUUGCUGGAAGUAGUUUUAGAAAUGCUUAUUUUUUGUGUACAAUACCACUCAACGUACAUGAAAAAUUAUAUUUUGAAUAAUAACUUACUCAGCAGUAUCUUGGGGCUAAUGAGUUCAAAACACAUGUUUCUGACUUUGUGUGCUGUCCGGUUUAUGAGAAAGAUGAUUGGAUUUAAAGAUGAAAUUUACAAUAUGUACAUAAUUAAGAAAAACCUGUUUGAACCAGUUGUAAAUGCUUUUAUUCAUAAUGGACAUCGGUAUAAUAUGUUAAAUUCAGCUAUUAUUGAGCUAUUUGAAUUUAUAAGACAAGAAAACAUAAAGUCUCUUAUUGCAAACAUUGUGGAAAAAUUUUUUCUUGCUUUUGAAUCAAUUGAAUAUGUCCAGACUUUUAAAGGAUUAAAAAUUAAAUAUGAAGAGGAAAAGAAGAGAGAACGCCAAGUAAGAAGAAAUUUACAUAAUAUAAUAUACCAGAAAAUAUAUUGCAGACGUACCAACAUUAUGGAGUUAAAAAUCAAGGCAGACAUAAGUUGUAGAGGAAUUAAAGCAGGAGAAGGGGCUAUUCUACCAAAGAGAAGAGACUUUCCAAGUCCUUAUGACAUAAUUAUGAAAAUAAAAGAGAGAAAUGAAAGUGAAAAUUUAAUAGAACGCAAAAACAGAAAUUCAUCUGAAGACUCUAAAUGUUGUUCAUCUCAUGGGGAUGGUUCUGCUAACAGAAUGAGUAGGUCACACUGUAGCAGCCUGGUUCCUUUAGUGGAUUACCAAUGUGAUACUGAUGGUGAUGAUGAUGAUGAUGAUCUUUAUGGUAAUGAUAAAGAUGAAGAUAAAGAUGAAGAUGAAGAUAAAGAUGAAGAACCCAUCCAAAAAAGACCUAAUCUUAGUUCAUAA